CUCUGGAGGGGCAAUGGCGGCGCCCAUGCUGCGCGGGUGCUGCCUUGGAAGGCAUUGGGCUUUAGCCUGCAUUGACGGCGGUUCUCGACACGGAAGAGGGGCCGCGACUGGGUUCACGUCCAGCGGGAAAAGGGGACAAAGCUUCGUGGCUCAGCAGCCCCACAUCACGGCCCAGAAGUCAAGGAAAGGUGAACACAAAUGGGAAGCUGUGGUAGGUUUGGAAAUUCAUGCCCAGAUCGCCUCUAACUCUAAACUCUUCUCUGGAUCUCAAGUCCACUUUGCAGCACCUCCAAAUUCUUUGGUAUCUUUUUUUGAUGCCUCUCUGCCUGGAACUCUGCCGGUUCUCAACAGGAGAUGCGUCGAAGCGGCGGUGAUGACAGGCCUGGCACUGAACUGCCACAUAAACAAGAAGUCCUUGUUUGACAGGAAGCACUACUUCUAUGCAGACCUCCCUGCAGGCUACCAGAUUACUCAGCAGAGACUCCCGAUUGCGGUGAAUGGGAGCCUGGCGUACAGUGUCUGUGUGGGGAAGAGAUGGAGGCAGGUGAUCACCAAGACCGUGAGGAUCAAGCAGAUCCAGCUGGAGCAAGACAGCGGCAAAAGCCUCCACGAUGAGCUGCGGUCUCAGACGCUCAUCGAUUUGAACAGGGCAGGAGUUGGCCUUCUGGAAGUGGUGCUGGAGCCGGACUUGUCCUGUGGAGAAGAGGCAACAACAGCUGUCAGAGAGCUGCAGCUGAUACUUCAAGCCCUGGGGACCAGCCAGGCAAAUAUGGCAGAGGGCCAGUUAAGAGUGGAUGCCAAUAUAUCUGUGCACCAUCCUGGGGAGCCUUUGGGUGUUCGAACUGAAGUGAAGAAUCUCAACAGCGCCAGGUUCCUGGCCAGAGCAAUAGACUAUGAAAUUCAGAGACAAAUCAACGAACUUGAGAAUGGAUGUGAAAUUCUGAAUGAAACUCGCUCAUUUGACUACAAGCUAGGGUGCACCGUACCGAUGAGAGACAAAGAAGGAAAACAAGACUACAGGUUUAUGCCCGAGCCCAACCUGCCUCCCCUGCUUCUCUAUGACACCGCGUCUCUGCCUGCCGGUGCUGACCCGCAGCAAGUGAUCAACAUUGACCAGAUCCGGGAGCAGCUCCCUGAGCUCCCCAGUGAGACUCGGGAGAAGCUCAUUCAACAGUAUGGGAUGCUGCCAGAACACAGCUUCGCCUUACUGAAUGAAGUUGGCCUACUGGAGUUCUUCCAGAAUGUGAUAAAAGAAACUAGGGCAGAGCCAAAAAAAGUAACGAGUUGGGUCCUCAACAUUUUUCUGGGUUUUUUAAAGCAACAGAACCUUGCUGUCAAUGAGAGUCCUGUCACACCUUCCGCGCUGGCUGAGCUGCUCAACCUGCUGGACAGAAAAGUAAUCUCUUCAUCAGCAGCUAAACAGGUGUUUGAGGAACUGUGGAGGGGUAAAGGGAAGACGCCGUCGCAGAUUGUGUCAGAAAGGAAGCUUGAACUGAUGCAGGAUGCAGAGGCACUGGAACGGGUGUGCCAUGCCGUGAUGGAGGGGCAUCCUCAAGUGGUCAUGGACAUGAAGAGGGGAAACCCCAGAGCUAUAAACAAACUGAUUGGGUUGGUCCGAAAAGCAACUCACAGCCGAGCAGAUCCGACUGUGAUAAAGGAGAUCCUGGAGAAGCAGCUGUCGUCAUGAGAGGUUCUGGGCGGGUCUCCGCCUGAGGGAGAGCAGAGCGAGCGAGCCUGAGAACCGGCGCCUCCCAGUCCUUGGCCCCCCCGACGCUGUGCCCUGGGAUGCCACCUGCACCAACCAGCAGCGACAGCCCCAUCGGCCUCGGCGUGGAAACGGACCCAGGGUGGCUGCGGUGGUGCUGAAGGAGCACAUUCCAGGCCUUAGGGAUCCUGAACUGAAACACACGGCUCUAGGAAAACUUACCAUUCCGCAUUUCCCUUAACAAGUAUUUCUGAGUAAGUUCCAAAAGCCAGGCACUGCCAUAGGUGCCAGGCCAUGAGCAAGAGGGACUGUGGUCUGGAUGCAGUAUUUUAGUCCUGCAAGAUGAGUGGAGAUGAAAACCACAGCAGCACAGACAUGCCGUAAACACGCGGUUGGGAAGCGGGGGCUAGUCACGCCGGCCCGCACUCAUCCCAGAGUAGAAGUGACCUUGCCCGCCCGCGCAGCUUCCCAGGGAUCCCCGGGAGGCAGAGGUCUGAGAAUACAUGAAACAGUAUUUGUAAUAAAAAAAAAUAGGUUUUCAAAUAAAUUUAAUGAACAAAAUAUAUACUGAAAUAUCACAUAAAAAAUUAACUUACACUUCAAAGAUUGUGCAGCUGACAAGCCCCCCCACCCCACCCUCAGGCCAAAGGAAAAAAACCUGUAACAUUAAAUUGAUUUGUUUUGCCUGGGAAGAAUAAGAUUGUAAACCAGUACAUCAGAGUCCUGACCUUUAAUGGUAAUUGUGGUGCAGUUAACACCCUCUCCGUGAAGGCCGGGCUGCCUUCACCCCUGCUCCUGUGACAGUGAUGCCGUAGUCCUGUGGCACAGAGUGUCACCGCGAGCCUUCGUUAGCUCAGACUCACGGCGCUCAAAGACCACUUGCCCGAAUGCCGCCUCGUAACAGCACGUGUCCGACAGUGGCGUGAGACAGCGGACUCCUUCCUCGGAGGCUCUGACUUCACCGGAUUCUCCAGCAUUUCUGUCAUGAAUGGUGGCAGCUGGGGAACCGGAGCAAAGCAGACCUUCCCCGUCGCCAGUGUAGCAAUGAGCGGCGCCCCGGUGCGGGCAGUUGCUCAGACGUCCCUACCUAAGCGUCCCCCUGACCCAGCCAGACGAGCAGGGACACACAGGAAACCAGUUGUGGGGUUUAUUCCAGACAAGCAUAAAGAGGUAAGGUUUUUAAAAACUUGCGACAAAACAAGUGGCUCAGAAUUGAGAGAGAACUUUUACCUCACGCAGGCAGCCAUGUGCCUCCCCCGCACGCAUUCUGUUCCAGUACUGACAACCUGCUGGGCCUAGAGGCAGAGUAUUUUUUUUCUCGAGAGAGAAGGGCUGAGUCCAUCCUCUCUCCACACUGUGCAGGUCUGAAUUACAAAUGGGGAAGGGCCUUCUGAGACCGGAUUCUGACAGGACUGUUUUUGUAAGAAAUAAUAUGGUUCUGUUUUGUCUUACAAACUCCAUUUUCACCAAAGGUCUGGCUUCCUGGUAAUCAGACUUUACAAAAGAUGAUACUGGAGGAUCUUUCCAGACCCUUUUAAAUCAAGGCCUUGCUAAAAUGGGUGAUGGGGGUGGGGAGGCAGCUAGAUGAAGAUAGUUUCCCAAAAUUAUGUCCGUUGUAGACUGUGUAAUGGACUGAUCAUUUCCAGAGAAAAAUGCCAUCAUGAAAACACCUGAUCUUUUCAGCCUGUCUACCUCUGACAAUUGCCCAUGGUCUUGAAUGCCCAUUUUUGAAAUCCUGAGAAUUUGACAGUUCUGUUAAUAGAAAAAGUAAAAUCAAAGCACAGUUCAGAUCUCUUACUUGGAAUAUGACUGACUAUAUGUUCAAAAGAUCUGUUUGCAGAACAGAGUCAAAUUCACCAAGUCUGACUCUGCUCAUAAACGGGCCUCAAAUACACUUUUAAAUACAUUUUUGCAUCAAGUGA